AUGGUCCGUUACGCCGCUACCGAAAUCGAGAACGCCAAGAGCGCCCGCGCUCGCGGUUCCUACCUCCGUGUCUCUUUCAAGAACACCCGCGAGACCGCUCAGGCCAUCAACGGCUGGAAGGUCACCCGUGCCCUCCAGUACCUCGAGAACGUCAAGAACCACGCCGAGGCCGUCCCCAUGAGACGUUAUGCCGGGAGCACUGGCCGCACCGCCCAGGUCCACCUGGGANGCAAGCAGUUCGGUGUCUCCAAGGCCCGCUGGCCCGUCAAGUCUGCCGAGUUCAUCCUCUCGCUCCUCAAGAACGCCGAGGCCAACGCCGACACCAAGGGUCUUGACACCUCCAACCUGAUUGUCAAGCACAUUCAGGUCAACCAGGCCCCCAAGCAGCGCCGCCGCACAUACCGUGCCCACGGUCGCAUCAACCCUUACAUGUCCAACCCCUGCCACAUUGAGAUGAUCCUCACUGAGGGCGAGGAGGUCGUUCAGAAGGCCCCUGAGGCUGCCGGUCGCGAGACUGCCCGCCUCAACACCCGCCAGCGCGCUCAGCGCAACCGCCGCGCCAUCACCGCCGCAUAA